AUGAGUAUAAUUAGUUCUUGGUUACUUGUCUCUAUUAUUUGCUUAACUACUUCUAUUGUAACAAAAUUGCAAGCUGCUGGAGUUACUACCCAUCUAUUUUAUUUAACAAGAGGUGCUCCCUUAAGUUUAAAGGAAAACUAUUAUCCUUGGUUGAAAGCUGGUUCUUUCUUUCCGGAUGCUUUGUACUCAUGUGCACCUUCAAAUAAGGAUUGGUCUGAUUUUGCAGAAUUCACUCAUUGGCCCAAUUUCUUAAUGAUUGCAGUAUCUUAUUGGCAGCAAAAGUAUGGUCAGAACGAUCGACUUCGGGGAACUCACGGCUCACUCGCACUAAAGUCAUUUUUAAUAGGGGUAUUCACUCAUCAGAUAGUUGAUGUUUCCUGGCAUUCGUUAGUUACCGAUUAUAGAAUGCACGGACUACUCCGAGUUCUCAGCGAAACAGAAUUUGAUGGAGAUAUUGAAACUGCUCAUACGUUUUUAGACGUUAUGGGUGAAUUCCUCACCUUAAAUAAUGUAAUCCGUGACAGUAAUAAUAACGAAAAUUGGGAUUUUUUAACUCGCUCUGAUUGGAAAUUGCCCAGAGAAGAGGAUUUAAUGGAAAUUAUAAGGAACGCUGGACUUUCAAAGGAAAAGUUGUCCUACGCAGAACUGGAAUUUUGCGUUAAAAGAGGAAUGGCAGCGGCUAUUAGUGAAGGGUACCUAUUCCGCUCUCAAAGAAACCAAUUGUUAACUAAUAUUUACUCAACAUCCCCCAGGGCUAAUGAUCUAAUACUGAAUCAUUGGCUAGGAGGGCAGUCCAAUUUGGUUGCAAUGCUCCAAAGAUGCGUGCCUUUCUUCGAGACUUUGUUUCAUGACGAGAAUACUAAUGAAGCUCAAGCAGAAGAACUGAGAUUAUGUGCUAAUUUACCGCCAGUAUCACAAAAACGGAUAAAUGCACGACCUUUGGUCUCUUCAUUAAAAGCACGUAAGGGAAAUAGCCACAUUGUCGUAUCUCCCAUGAAAUCAUUUUCCGAUUUUGGCACAAGCCUGACUAUGGGAAAAUUUCGAGAAGACAACAAGGAUUAUCUCGCUGUAAGUGCACCACUUGAAGACACAGUUGGUGCAAUCUAUAUAGUUCCAUGGGAUAUUCUAACUGUAGCAAGAAAAGAGGAUUUUAGCAUUUUACAACCCAUCACUGCCAUGUACGGUUCAAAGGUCGGGACAUACAAGGCAAGUGAUGUUGACUACCUACUCGUUUCACAGCCUGGUACCUGUACAAUCGACUUUUACUUCAAAGGAGUAAAAAUACUGACAAUCAAGGAUGAGACCACCGAAGAAGCACAUCAGUUACAAUUUGCUGUAACAGGUAAUUUUUAUGAUGAUAAGAUUCCUGAUUUGGUGGUGUCAAGCCCAAGUUAUGGUGCCAACGAAACUGGAAUUGCAACAUUUAUCCCAGGAUCUUCCAUAAUAAGCUAUUUGACCAAUUCAGACAAAUAUCAAGUAGUUGAUAUCUCAACUUUUAAGGGCGUUAUUAACCUUGACGGGUACCCUAUGAAAAUACCAUUUCAGCAUUUCGGGGCAACAAUUCAGAUAUCUGACACGACUGACAAACAAAAGUUAAUAUAUAUUACAUGUCAAAGUCUUGGUACUGUUUUUGUUUAUUCGAGUAAUGAUUUACACGAUUUGUCCAUCCCAAUAUAUUAUAUAACGAAAAAUGGCGUCAUUCCAGCAAAGGACAGUGACCACGUUGAGUGGCAUAUAAUUCCCUCAAAAGAACAUGGUAUGUUCGGUGCAGCCAUAUAUUCUUGGAAUUUUGAAGGUAUGAGUUUUGUAGCCGUAUCUCAACCAAUGUUUGACACUGUGUUUAUAUAUAUUGAGAAGUCUGGGCAAAUAGAGUUUUUCUUAAAACUGGUUCUAAAGAUUAAGACAAAAUCAGAUUCAAUCCCGGAUGAGUUUGGUUCAUCUUUGCUGUUUAAUGACGAAGAAAAGAAAUUGUACGUUUCCUCCCCAGGCAGUUUCGAUGCAAGAGGAAGUAUAUGGAAAAUUAGUAUGGAUGAGCUAUUAAAGGCGGGAAACGAUCCGAAGCGCAAAACCCUUUUGAUUAAUAAUUUAAGGCAUCUCAUGCUCAUAAAUCCUGACAAAAGUAGCAAGGGUGUGUCAAAUUUUGGUAAUAGCAUGAUUUUGGGUCCCCAAAAUCACCUUAUAGUAGGCAUUCCCCAAUAUGGGUAUGGAAAUUUUGAUCACAUGCAGCUAACCGGUAGAAUCCUGGUACUUUAA